AUGGGAAAUAACGCAGAGGAGAGCGUAAACGGAGAGAAAGGGACGGAAAGAAAUGGGACUUCCUCCAGCCAGAUCCUGUCGGGAAAACAGGAACACUUUUCGGGCGAGAUCGCGGAGCUCAAUUCCCCAACCGCGUUACGGAGAUUCGGUGCUCCCUUCAAGUCGGAUUUUGGAGAAAUAGCACCAGUUGACUCAGAAUUACCUAUUCUCCGGUAUAUAUUCGUCAACCAUGUGCGAAAUUUCCCGUUUUUGGAUAAGGCGCAUGAGAAGGAAUUUUGGCAGGACCGUCUACAGGUGGACGACUUUGGUGAGACGAACAUUGAGAUAUCACCAACAUGCGCUUCGUCAAAGGCUAUGAAGCAGUUCUUAACCGAUAAACCAAUCACUCUGAACGAGGAGGAACAGAUAGAUAUUGCGAGAAGGAAAGAACUUGACGCCAAACGAAUCGAAGAGCAGAAACGCUUCUAUGAAAUUGCCCGGAAACGCGCUCGGGAGUUGGAUGUCUACAUGGAACAGUUCAGGCGGGAUAUAGUGGAAAGUAAUGGCCUUACGAAAUUGUUCCAAGAGAUCAAGGAAAAGGACUCCGUAGAAGCUUUAAGCCCCAAAUAUCAAAAGUUUGCGGAGUGGUUGCGUAUCGAGGUCGCCGCCACGCUAUACCACGUCUUUUUAGCCGAGGACAAUUCUCCCGAGUUAUUUGCCCAGGCUAAAAGAAUACAUUCACUGAUCCCGUAUACUAUUUUAAAGAAUGUUAUCCGCAUAGCCAACCCUGCUGCUGUGAUGGCGGGUGUCCUGGACCUUUUCCUUGCUCAGCCAUUCGGGGCUCGAUCUCUUCUGCAACGCAUAUUCUCCAUGGCAAUCCAAGACGGCAUGAAGGCUUUCCAGAAAUCAGUUGAUAGUUUAGCCACUAAGAUCGAAGACGACAUUCUGGUCGAUAAACUACGAGCAUUUACAGAAGCUGAUGAAAGCGUGAAAAACGACCUUCGUGCAGAGGCAGAGGCAGAAAGCGUUGAUAUUGUCGUUGUUAUAUUACGGUCAGAGCAUUUUGAGCCGGAAUUGACAGUUCGUCAGAUAGAGAAGGUGUUUAAUUCAUACGUUGCCUGGGUCAGCGCAGUUGAGAGUAUUCAUGAUCCUGAAAUACAACAAGGCGCCCAAUGGUUCUCGUAUCUAAAGCAGCUCCUGAAAGUACUCACCAGACAGAGGGACAAGGCAAUGAUGUUAAACAUUAUUGAAGAGCCCGUGACAUUACAACUUUUCCGUGACUUAUUCACCAUCUUCUACGAACCUCUCGUCCGUGUUUACAAAUCUGCAAAUGUCUACAAUAGCAUUACGGACUUUGCAGAAUUUGCGAACGACGCUAUAGCCGUGAUUGAGCGAGCCCAACGACAGGAUGUUUCUGCUGAUCCAAACCAAACUGUCCAGUCCUUCAUCGAUCUUUGCACUCGCCAUCAGCAGAGCUUUUACAAAUUUGUCCAUGAGGUACAUCUUCAUGACAAUGGCUUGUUUGCUUCACUGAUGAGCUGGCUGGAAGAUAUUCUCAAGUUCCUCCGUGAGGGGCCAGAAAGUGGAGGCAAGCUUGACAUGAAUGCCCUCUUUCAAGGAGCUGUUUCAGCCAGCCAAAUCGACAAGACUCUCGCCAUCCAAGAGAUUGAUGCUGUUAUCAAAUGGCAUUCAGACCGAAAGAAAUGGCACCAGGACAAAACCCGACAGAAGAUGGCUGCCGAAGGGGUUUCUGACCCAAUGCCGGGUGUCACGACAUUCAAGAGCAGUGACUUUGGGCUAGACGAGGCCGAUUUGGAAGAUCUAGCAAUUGAAGAUGAUGCUUCGGAUCCGUCUGAUGAAGACUCAGAAGACGACGAAAUGGACCCUAUCGCAUUCGAACGGAAACGUCGCGCUAAACAUCAGGAUCGCCUGCGUCGCACUGCGGAAUGUCGCUGCAAGGUAGAAGCCAGUCUUCUCCUAAUCGACGUCCGUCUUGGGCUGGGGGGAAGCCUGAAUCCCACCUCCCCACCGACGGAAGCCACCAAUGCAACUGCGAUCCUCCUCGAGAAGCAAAUUAUUUUGAGACGAAGAACGGCGGCAAGAAUCACGGGCGAUGGUGGAUGCGGGUUCUUUCUAUGGGACGAUGACGCAAAGCAAAGAGAGGCAGCGCAAAAGCCAACAGCCGAGGAGGAAGACUGCUAUGAAGCUUUUGAAAGUGACCUAGUCCACGCCGUGGAUGAGAGAGUCAAACAAAGUCCCAUAUUACGAACCCCACAGGCAAACCGUAUCCGCGAUUCAAUCUUCCGCGGCGGGCUUCUUACACCAGAAUCUCAGCCAAAGAGAAGGAGAGAUGGGGAUAUUACCGACUAUUUGGAUCCAGACGAAAGUCCUAGCAAGCGCGGGAGGUUGAACAUAUCCGCCUCACAGACAACAAGACGAGAUAUCACCCCCCUUUUUACAGAAAACCAGGACGUCUCGUACCCUUCAUUAGCAUCAAGAUUAGAUGUCUUGGAUGCAAUUCCUCCACCACCUCUAUUUUCCACCCCUAAUAAAAGAACACAGUCGCUGGGAAGCGUUACACGCACAACUCGGGAAACGUUACCUGACCUCCCGUCAACUCCAACUCCGUCACGAGUCGCAUCUUCGCCUUUCUGCUUACCUGCGUCAGAAGGAAACAAUAAACGAUCUCGACAAUCUGAGCUCAAGACACAAAUUUUUGACUUACUAGAGUCUCACAAAGUCCAUUUACCGCUCAAGACUAAGCAAGAUUUAGCCGGGUUGCUUGAUAUGAACGACCUACGGACGCUAGGGAUUAUAAAGGGAAGGGACAUAUCGAGACUAGCUAUAAAGGAACGGGAGAAGCGAAUAGAAGGCUUAUUGAGCCGCAUCGAGGUCCUGGAGGCAGAAAGGGAGUCGUGGAGGGCACUAUCGUUAAAUAUAUACAGUACUCUGCCAAAUGGCAGUGUCGUUGGGAGCGCGGAUAAUGGACGUGGGGAGGAGCCUCUUGAGAGUGCAGAAUAUAUCUAG